AUGGCGACAUCACCAUCACCACCUCCGCCACCCCGUUCCCUCCCCUCGCUAGCCGACGUCAUCUUCUCGUCAGAGCAGGCCAACCACAAUUUCUCGCGGAUCCUGGGCGACCUCAAGCGGGCGAAUCUGUCCAUCACAAACCGGCUGCGGUCGAUCCGGCACGACGCGGCGUUUGUGGCGCGCGUGGCGGCGGCCCGGCCCCGGCUCCCGCUCGUCGCCAACGAGCGCUGCGGCAGCUGGUACAUCGACCCGGCCCUCAAGGCCGCCUCGGCCUACUUCAAGAGCACCGACGGCCACACGGGCCAGUGGAAGUUCAGCACCCGCCGCGUCAACCUCCACCUGCUCGACCUGAUCGCGCAGCACAAUGGCUGCAUCAUAGUCGACUCUACCCGGCGAGGAAAGCGCAUCCCAGACGCGCUGAGCAAGACAGUGCCCAUCUGGUGCGCCGUGCUAAACCGCGCGCUGUUCCCGUCCGCGCCGACCGCCUGGCACGCGCUGCACGUGCCGCCCAACGUGGUGUCGCUCUCAGAGCAGAGCCAGAUCGAGGCACGCCUCCCAAGGUUUGUGGCCGACUUCCUAGCGCUCGAGGUCGACCUCGCGCCGCUACAGCAGCGGCUGCGAAACAAGCCGCUGCGGCCGCUGUGGGCGACGCAGGACGAUUUCAACGAUGACGAUGAUUUCGAGGGUAGCGGCAGUGAGUUGGAGUUCUACCCCGUCGUGUGCUGCACCAGCUCGCGGUGCGUGGCCGGCGGCACGGAAGUCGGCGAGGGCGCCGGCUACAUCCAGGGCGCCGGUGACGACACGGAGAACUGGGCGCUGGGGCUGACGGCGCCGCUGUUCUGGGCGCACGCCGACGCGCUCCUAACAACACCCGAGCACGAGCUGCCGGCGCUAAUCCAGUCUCUUGUUGCCGUACACACAAACACCGGCGUCCCGACAGAGCUGCGGCAGGUCGCGCCGCGCCUCGCGAUCGGCGUCCUCCCGCCGGAGCCCGCCGCCCGGGCCGCUCUGACAGUGGCCUCGGCCUCUGGGGCGACGACGUGCGUGGUUGCGCUCGUGCCCGCGGUGACAGACGCGGCGAGCUGGGAGAAGUCGCCGUCGCAUCUCGAGGUCGGGCUCGGCGGCAAGAGCAAGGCGGCGAGCCGUGCGCUGCGCGCCGCGCUGCCGCAGAUCUGCGACUUUGUGUCGCGGUUCCUCUUGAGACCUGACGACGAUGAUGACGACGAUGAUGACGACGGCGGCGGUUCUUCUUUAGGGGGCGUGGCCGAGAAGAGGGCGGUGGCGAUAGUGUGCGAGUCCGGCAAGGACCUAUCGGUGGGCGUGGCGCUAGCGCUGUACUGCUGGUGCUUUGACUCCUCUGGACAGAAUCUGCUGUUAGGUGGUGAUAGAGAGCCCUUCACCAAGACCAAGAUCAGAGUGAGGCUGGGGCACAUCCUGAGCAGACUCCCCGACGCCAACCCCAGCCGGGCGACACUGCAGAGCGUCAACAGUUUCCUGAUAGACUAG